AUGCUAAACAGACCUUGCUCUCUCUUCCCUCGCUCCAGCCAAAGUGCAGCGGCUCCGCCGCCGCCGCCUUCCCGCCCCGAUGCCCAGCAUGUGCCGCCCCUGGAGCCGCUGAGAACCGCCGGGCCCAGGAUGGAGAGCCGCCGGAGGGACAUGGAGCUGCUCAGCAACAGCAUGGCCGCGUACGCGCACAUCCGAGCCAACCCCGAGAGCUUCGGGCUCUACUUCGUGCUGGGCGUGUGCUUCGGGCUGGUGCUCACGCUGUGCCUGCUGGUGCUGCGCUUGUCCUGCCGGCCCUCCCCGCGGCCCCCGGCGCGCCCCGGCGACAUCAGCGAGGACGACGAGGACGAGGACGAGGACGAAGAGGACACCGUCGAUCGCGCGGCGUCUGAGUCGCUGCUGCCUGUGACCGAGAUCCCGCUGGAGAGCCACGGGCCCGGGGACGGAGCGCUGGCCGUGAACGUGUUCGCGUCGGCCGAGGAGCUGGAGCGGGCGCAGCGGCUGGAGGAGCGGGAGCGCAUCAUCCGCGAGAUCUGGCGCAACGGGCAGCCCGACAUCCUGGGCUCCGGCACCAUCGGCACCAUCGGCACCCUGGGCCGCGUCCACUACUACUGAGCCCGGCAGCUGCCCCGGCACGGUGUGUGCACCCCGCGGCCGAUCCCGCACCGUGCCAGGAGGGACCAGGCGGACACGGGGGCUGCUCGCUGUCCCCGGGCUGGCGGAGCUGCCUUGGACUGUCCCUGCAGCACCGAGAGCCAGCCCCGGUGUCACGGGCACCCUCGGGGCUGGACUCGCCCCCGCCACUGCGGGACACGAUGCACUUUGAGCCAUUGGUACGACGGCUGGCAGCAGCCAAGCAGCCCCGGACACGCGGGGAUGGGGACAAGGACAGGGCAGCCCUGGCUGGAUCUAGCGGGGGUUUCACCCGUGCGAGCCGUGGGCUCCUGCCUCACAAACAUGGUGCUGUUGUACACGAACUAGAGCCCGGCGUGGCGGGUCCGGCCGGGUUCUGGGGGCCCUGGACCCCUCCCCGAGGCAA